AUGAAAUACUUUGUGCUCGUAUUUGCUAUUUUGGCAAUUUUGUUCUCUUUAAGUCCAAUUGAAGCAUGUGAAAGUACAUGCCGUAAAGGAGUUGCAUCAGGAUUCGCAACAGCUUAUACAAAGGAAAUCAAACCAUUUUUUAAUGCUUUCAGCAAUAAUCUUAUAAAGAAUUUAUAUAAGAAUGUUGAUUUGAAAAGUAUUACUGGAAGUACCAGUAAAGCUAAUGGAAUUAAAACUGUUAUUAAUAAUGCUGUUAAAUCCGCUAUAUCAAAAUUCCAAAAAGAUUUUUCAGGAAAUUUUUCAAAAUUAAUUCAAGAUUCAAUUUUUGUUCAAGAACCUAAAUUUAAAGGAGAUUGUAGUAAACCUUUUAGAAUUAAUCAAACUAAAACUUUACCUUGGGAUCCAAGUUCUUGUGAAAAAAUGGAUUAUAUUUGUGGUAAUCCUCCUUCAAUUUGUCAUUUUUUAAAUUCAGAAGUUAAACCUCGUUGUGUUGAAAAUGUUAAAAAUGAUUUAAAAAGGAAAUCAACUGAUUUUGAAAAAAUUUUAACAAAUGCUAUUAAUGAUACAGCUAGAAAAAAUGGUAUAGGAGGAAAUAAAUUAAAGAAAUUGGUUAGUGAUUGUAAGAAAAAUGUUCAAACUCAAUUAAAAUCUUUUAUUAAUGAUUUUAAUACUAAAUUUUGUAAUAAUAAUAAUUGUGAACAAUAUGAUGAAGCUAUUAAGAAAGAAAUUUUAUCAUGGCCAUAA